AUGGGAGAAGGACAGGAGAUGUCAUCUGAACUUCCGUCCAUACAGCCAGCUUUGGGUCACCUGGGCAUGAAGACGGUCGUUCUCUCUGGGCAGCAGGUCCCGUGGUACAAAGGGAAGACGGCUUCUCUGCCGGGGCAGAGGCGGAACCAGAGCCCACACUGCUGCUCUGUUCCGCUUGAGUCUUCUGGAAUGGACCUGCCUGCCCGGAAACCAGCUCACCCUUGUUCCUGGGCUUGCCUGCCCCCCCGGGGAACACAGGCAACCCGGGCGCCGGUCAGGCUGUGGCCGCAGCACUCGUAG